AUGGAUCCACCAGCCACGAUGGAAACGUCUACGACGACACCCAGGAUCAAUCUGAUGGAUCUCCCCUUGGAGCUACAUAUACAAAUCGCCUCAUUUUUGUCAUACCCCGACGCUCUCGCACUGAAACAUUCAUGCAGCCACUUCUAUUACAUGAUCUACACGGGCGUACACCUCAAAGUGGACUGGCUCGUCGAGCGAUUUGAACGAAAGCUUGAAUGUCCCAUGGAGAAAUGCUCUUUCCGCACGGACGAGGCAUUCUGCAACUGGCGAAUACGUCGCAUCAUGGAACGGCGCCGACAGCAUUUGGAGUGUCGGCGAACCCCUGGAGGCUGCUGGGUUGUCGAGGGCCAGACAUGUCAGAGCGAUCUAGUUCCGCUGUGGUUGAAGAGACAAGGUCCGAGAAGGAUUGCAAGGUCACUGGCUAUGAUUGGGCGUGAAGCAUUCAUUAUCGGUUCCUUUGCGAUAAUGCUAGAACUGCUAUGGCAUUUUGCACGAAGUCACGUCGUGGAUUUGCUUGCGAGAUCGAGCAGUGGCUGA